GGUGCACUACGUUUUGCGACGCUCUCAAGUUGCUGAAAGGCCUCAACAACGUUAGGCAAAACGUAACACGAGGUAUUAUGACAUGCCCAUCUUUUUUGUCGUACUAUCAUUAAAUUUCAAAUAUGAUUACAGCGGAGGGGAAUUCAAUUAGUGUUGAGUAGAUUUAAGGUUGAUCAUGGAUGAUUUCUACGCGUUUGAAUGAUUCCCGCCUCUCGUAUCUAGAUCAAAGAAGAUGAAGGUGCUGCGUUCACAUUCCGAGCUAUUUCAUUCGACCGUCGACGCGGGUAGUGAGCAGGGACAGCAACUGCCGCUCGUCGUUUGCUAGGAGACGACUGCAGGAAGGCAUCCGUCUUUGACACGCGAAGUGGACAGGUUUUUAUGAGCGGUCAGAAUAUAUUUUUAUACCCCAUGCUAGUCCGGCUGCUUUGGGUCUAGUAAGGGUGUGUGGAAAGUCGGACACAGAGUAGGAGUUUAGGAUCGACGCUGGGUCACGCUUUUUACGCGCAUCUGCGUCGCUGCUCUUUGUGGAUUACAGCUUGACCAGCAAGAUCUUAGAGAACUUGAUAUUUCCCUUCGGUUGUGAAAAACGCGAACUAUCAACGGCACCAGAAAGUAGCCGCCAAACUACGCAUUUGCUUGCUAGAAGGCGAUAUUGCAGUCAUUAUAUUUUUUGAGACCUCGUCAGCAUCAUCCUUAAGCAGACCGCAGCAGCUUCAGACCUCCUCGGAGACACAUAAAAACGAAGAUGAGGCUCGAGUAUUCGGAGGAUUACGAGCGAGUGCUCAGUAAGAAAGCGCAUUCAUGGGAUGAGUCGAAAGCGAUUUUAGAGUACAUGCGGGUGAAUAGGAUUUUUCAACCGGACGUUGCGGCAAUCCAUGGCUCCGUGGUGCUUACGAAGAACGCAAGCCGAUUAGGCGAUGAUGUUUGGGCAGUGUACUUCCUACUCUAAAUAUAUAAUUGCUCUUGGUGUGAUUGGAGUAUGUUUUUACAAGAACAAUCGUCACUUAAAUUCUAGGGCCUACGAGAUUGUCGAUUGGACUAUGAUUAGGUGCUGUGAAGAGUUUGGGCUUCAUUCUUGUUUGACGAAACAGUGAUACUUUUUUUAGUUGUUUCAAAUCGAGGCAUCGAUUAUAGACACUGCUGUGAGCCUGUAUCAUCCUCUUACUAUAAAUCACAUUUUCAGGCACGAGCAAGUAUGCCUGGCGGCAAUGCAUCUAGGGAUGCACGCGUGGACGGCAUAUUGCAUUGAGAAGCUUACGGAAAAAUUCCCGAAGAGUAAUAAUACAAUAUCCUACUUUUUCAUCAUCUUCUUGCUAAAAAUGUAAAGGGAUGUCAUUGAUUUUCAGCAUUCCGGAUGUCUCUUCUCAGACGCUCAUGAUUCAUUCAUUCUUGACAUUCAUACCUGACUUUGUCGUUGUCCACACGAAUUACAAAUUUUCCUCAUCGACGACAACUUGUAGGUAAAAGAGUAAAGCGGCUUUAUGCGCUGCACCAGGAAGCAAUAGGGGACUUUACAGGAGCGACCAAGGUGUACAAGGACAUUCUCCAGGAGAGUCCAGAGAGCACCUUCGCUAGGCGGAGGCUUAUAGCAAUGUACACUGAUAAAUAUAUUCUUCUGAGAAGGUACAAGUCGACUGAAAAGACCUCAAUACCAUUUGAUAGGAUGGGCCAUGAGGUAACAUGACGCGACAUGACGUCCACCUUUUUCACUGUUUCGCCGUUUGGACGUUUUCUGGAGAAAAAUAUAGAUGUUUUUAUCUGGUGUCAACAUUCUACUUAUUCGUUUUUUUUUCUCGCAAUGAAGUAGCUUUAGAGGAGAGUAGCUUGGGAGCAGAUGAUUGAAGAUAGAUUCCAAUUUUUUUGCCUAUCGUCAAAACACAGAAAGCGGACGCAGGGGAAGACGCAAGAGGCAAUAGAAGCAGCGACUAAGCAUCUGGAAACUUUUCAGAUGGACAAAGAGGUGUGGCAUGAGCUGACGGAAAUGUACAUCCAAGAAGGUCAGUUGUCGAAAGCCGCUUACUGCCUAGAAGACGUUCUCAUACAGGAUCCACGAAACAUGUACUUACUCAUUUUAAUUUACUUUUUUCAUUCCGACAUCUUCUCGCUUGUGCAAUUCUCGUUUUUGAACAGGAAUGAGAUUCUUCAUCCUAGCAAGCUGAGCCGAAGUUCAGCGCUAUUGCAUGAACCUUUUUUUUUCUCUCCCUCUCCUACGCCGAAGCACUAUCGAUUUCUUUUACUUCUGAUCACGACAGGUAUACCGUCCUUUCAUAUGCAGAACUAGUCUUUUCAUGCGGACAGGAUUUCGACCUGGCGAGAAAGUACUUCUGCUUAGCGUGCGAAAUCGAUGAUACGAGUUUGCGAGCUUUGUGGGGGCUCUUCUGGUGCAACCAGCAUUUGCACAAGAAGGAUCAGGGCAGUGACAAAAUGCUAGCACUCCAAAGCAUGUGCGUGCAGCGGUUACGCAGUGCCUACAAGCCUUUAAAGCAUGUCCCAAGUACCAAAAUCAUGCUCGCUCUUUUGGAUGCAGAGCUGUUGGCAACCUCGGGGUCCGCAGAAGCGAAAGCUAGUUAAACAGAUUCUAGUUUCAUCUGCCCCUUACUUUUAGUGCUUCAAACUUCUCGAGAACAUAGUCAACCUACACGCGGAUCGUAGUACACGACCAGCAUAGCGGUUCCCACGUCAAAUACACAUGGACCAUACUUACCGCGGAGCAGCUGUUCCCAUGUCAUGCUAGAACAUAAGGUUCUUGAUCCUGCCUCGUGCGUUGUCUUGAAGGAAUGGUGGAUGGCGACCGUAGCCCAGGAUCCCAGAGGAACGAAAUGUGACGUCGUGGUCAUCUGUCACCCGAUCCCCUCUCUUUCUCCCCGGCUUCCCUCUCGCGCACGCACGCACACACACACUAUAUUUCCGUCAAACUGGCAACAUUUUUGGCAUGAUAUCGUGUCAGCCACACAGUCAGAGCAAAGCUUAUUUCUUGUUGUAAAUCAAGGACGAUGUUGUUGCAGCACUGUCUAAGUAGCUGAAAUAUUAACGAGAUUUACGAGGAGCAGCUGUUUUUUGAACACCGCACGGCGUCGCUAGUUAUUGCGGUUUGGUGUUCG